AUGGAUAUUCGUUCAAAUUUAUGUUCAUUUUUCUUGAUUACCUUAUUUAUAUAUUUCUUUCUUUUUAAUUCUCUACAUUUUCUUUCAUUCUUUCUCUCUUUCUUUCUUUCUUUCUUUCUUUCUUAUUUCUAUGUUUCUUUCUUUUUAAUUCUCUACAUUUCAUUUCUUUCUUCCUUUCUUUCAUUCUUUCUUUCUUAUUUUCUCUCUCUCUCUCUCUCUCUUUCUUUCUUUCUUUCUUUCUUUUGCUUUUUUAUGUCUUUUUACGUUUUGGCUCUUUUAUAUAUACAGAACAUUUUUUUUCUGCACUGCUAUUUAUUUUUCAGCGUUCUUUUUGUCUUUUUUAUCCUUUUUUUCUCGUGGAGUUUCUUUUUAAUUCAUUCAAUAUUCACAGUUCUUUCUUUUUUCUUCAUGGCAUUAUUUUUUUUCGUGUACUUUUUUUUUUCUCUCCAACUCUCAUUCGUUCUUUCCUUCAUGAAUUUUCUCUUCUCUUUUUUUUCUAUAUUCUUUCCUUCCUGUCUUUUUAUUUGUCUUUCCUUCUCACUUUAUUCCUUCAUUUUCCAUCAGACUAUUUUCAUUCUUUUUUCUCCUUUUGAGGUAUAUUUCUCCAAUGUUUUUUAUUAUUAUUAUUAUUUCUUUCUUUCAUUUUUUCAUGUUUUGCCUUUAUUCUUUUUUAUUUCUUUCUACUUCCUUUCUUUUUUCAUGGAUUCUCCACUCCUUUUUCUCAUUAUUUCUUUGCACUUUACUUUUUAUUCAUUCUUCUCCAUAGUAUUUCUUUCUUUCUUUUAUCAUUGUCUUUAUUUUUUAUACUUGUCUGUCCUUCCUAUUUUUCGUCAUGAUAGUUUUCUUUCAUUUUAUCUUCAUUCAUUCAUUCAUUCAUUCAUUCAUUCUUACUUUGUAUAUUUCUUGCUGCUUAUUCCUAUUCUUUUUUUUAUUUUUGCUUCUUUCCUCAUAGCCUUUUCAUUUUAUUCUUUACUUUUAUUUGUUUGCUUGUUUUUUUUCUUUCUCUCGUCAUUAUCUUUUUGUUUUUGUUUUAAUUUUCAUUCAUUUUUUUCUUUCUUCAUGACACUUUUCUCUUUUUACUUCUUCGCAUGUUUUUCUUGUUUCUUCAAGUCACUUUAUUUCUUUCGUUCUUUUUCGUUUUUCUUCGUUAUUCUUCGUGCCACCUUUAUUUCUUUCGUUAUUUUUCGGUAUUCUUCGUUAUUCUUCAUGACACUGUAUUUCUUUCCAUAUUCUUCGUGGCAACUUAUUUCUUUCAUUAUUCUUCGUUUUUCUUCGUUAUUCUUCGUGCCACAUUAUUUUUUUCGUAAUUUGUCGUUAUUCUUCGUUAUUUUUCGUACCACUUUAUUUCUUUCGUUAUUCUUCGUUCCACUUUAUUUCUUUCGUUAUUUUUCGUUUUUUUUCGUUAUUCUUCGUGCCACAUUAUUUUCUUUUCGUCAUUUUUCGUUAUUCUUCGUUUGUGUUCCUAACACUGUAUUUUUUUCCUUAUUCUUCGUACCACUUUAUUUCUUUCAUUAUUCUUCGUUAUUCUUCGUUCUUCUUCGUGCUAUUUUAUUUCUUUUGAUAUAUUUCGUUAUUCUUCGUUAUUCUCCGUUCCACUUUAUUUCUUUCGUUAUUCCUAAUAUUCUUUUUUUAUCCUUUCUUUAUUUUUCUUUCUUUCUUUCUUCGUAUUUAUUUUCUUUCUUGUUUUCGUUCCUUUAUUCUUUUCUUUCUUCCCUUCUUUAUUCUUUCCUUACUCUCCUUCUUUCUUUCUUUCUUUCUUCCCAUCGGUCUUUAUUUAAUUCUUUCUUUCAUUGUUUCUUUCUUUUCAUAAUGAUUUCAUAA